AUGACGACUCCCAGUGAGAGUGCGACGAGUCCGCCUUUGAGUUCGGAACACGCACCGCUCUUGGGGACUGGCUCGGUAUCGGUGGCAACGUCGCCUUUGGGAGCACCAACGAAACUACCCAUGCCUCCUCCCCCUUCCACCACUGCUUCGACCAACGUGACCACGAACACGACACUGCCAGCAACGACAACAACAACACCAACAACAAUAGCUACCACAACAAACGACGCAACAACAAACACCGCUACUCCCUCGCCGCUGCUUGCCAUUGGCACUCCACCGACCCGGACGCGACAUUCCCCUUCGGCGUCUCCCGCACCGCAAACCAAGCGUGCGGCUGCCGUCGUCCCGAGUGUGCCCCCCUCGCGGGCUUCCUCACGCGCACCGUCACCCAUUGGCUCGGACGCUUCCGACGAAUUGCCCAACAACGUGUGUACCGAAGAACAACUCUUGUUGCUGCCCGAAGAAUGUUUGAGUGGCCACCAUGUGCGUCCGCUACGCCACGUCGAUGAAGAAGGCAACGAAAGUUUCUACCACCUGCGUCCCAUGUUCUAUUCCGUCAUUUUUAUCCUGCUUGUGGAACUGCUCGAGCGAUUUUCCUUUUACGGCAUUAAUUACACACAAACGUCCUACCUGACCGGCUCCUACAAUCGCGAUUGGAACGCCGACAUGGAAGCCGUCGACGCUUCCACCUACGUUUCCAUUUCGGUUGCCGUUGCCUACACCUCUCCCUUUCUCGGGGCCUAUCUAGCCGACGCCAUUCUCGGCGACUACGGAUCCCUCUUUGUCGGAUCUCUCUGCUUUUAUCUGCCCGGACUCACUCUCAUUGCCCUCACAACCAUACCGGGCGUUUUGGGAGAUACUUUUAACCGUCGCGCCCUUUCAAUUGGUCUCCUCGUCUUGUGGCCCGUGGGCACGGGAAUCGUCAAGAGCGUCGUCAACGUAUUCGGCGCGAAGCAGUUUCAUCCACUUCUCCAGGCCUCCAUGAUUGAAUCCUACUACGUCAAAUUCUACAUGUGCAUCAAUAUUGGAGCCUUGGUCGGGGGUGUACUGGUACCCUUGCUGGCACAACACAACGUAACCCUCGCCUAUUUCGUACCAGUCGGCAUGCUGUCCUUGGGAGUCGGUCUCUUUGCCGUGGGAUCCAAACGCUACGUCUGCGACCAACCUAAAGACCCCAGUGCCACACUGGCGGCCAAUAUCUGCCGUCGUCGACCCCCCAAGCGUCCCGCCUACACCCCUCCCAACACGGAUUCCAUCGGACUGGACAUGAUCUUUCGCAUCAGCUUACUCAUCAUACCCUUCAACAUUGCCUACUCCCAAAUGGCCACCACCUUUAUUGUCCAAGGCACUGUUAUGGAAAAAGCCUUUGGCUGGAUCGACGCCGCCUGUAUGAACAAUGCCGACGCCGUCAGUGUCCUGCUCUUUGGCUACCUGAUCGGUUCGCAGUUCUAUCCCGCUCUCGCGAAUCGCGGUAUCCGAAUACCCACCACGUACAAGUUUGCGAUUGGUUCCGGUCUCGGGGCACUGGCCAUUGCGUGGGCCCUAUUGGUAGAAGUCCUGAUUCACGACCGGUUCGAGUCCACCGGAAAGCGCGUCAGCGUCCUCUGGCAAACCGUAUCGUACGUGUUAAUUGGUGCGGGCGAGAUCUUUGCCGUCUCGGCCGCCUACGAAGUCGCCUUUACCGCCGCCCCGCCCGAAAAGAAAGUCCUGGCGUCCGCCGUCAAUCUCUUUUGCAUCGGGGGCUUGCCCAACGUCUUUUGCAUACUGUUGUACAACGCGUGUCGACCGUGGUUUCGCAACAACCGGGGGACAACCAGUAUCACGCGGUUGGAAGAUUACGCCAGUGCGCACGUGGAGUACUACUUUUGGUUGCUCCUGGCCAUUGCCGUCGUCGGUAUCGGCAUCAAUCUAUUGCCAGCGGUGCGCGAAUUUGUGGAAGCGAUUGAAGAAAAGGCGACCGAUAUGAUCAAGACGCCCAAGACUCCGUCGCGACCGCCGAUAAGGGAACGCACCCUAGACGAAGCUGAAAACGAAGAGAGUGCACUGCUCCGCACCCGACGCCAUCAGGCCUAUCUCAAAUACGGCAGCGCUCCCGUCCUCUACAAGCAAGGCUCGAUGCGCGCCGGGCCAUCGCUGAGUCAACGGGGAGGCAAGGCGCACAAACACGUCAAACGCACCCUGAUCAAGAAACUAUAUCGCAGUGAUCCGGUACUGCCAGGGGUUGGUACCGUCAUUACUUCCCAAGGGACACCGGUACCUGCGCGUUUCAUUCCGCCCCGUAAGAAUCCGUCGCUCGAUGGGCUGUUGCGAGCAACGUCCUCCUAG